UAUGUUUAAAAGUUACGUUAAAUGCGUGUUUCUGAGAUAAACAGACCAGGAACUCAACCUCCCAUGAUGCAUCUGGGGGUGCGCCGUGAAGUCGCUCCGUGUGGAAACAGGAAAACGUGAAUCUUCAUCUCCAGCGUUUCCUGCAGCAGUUCGGGCUCAGUUCGGUUCGGGACCAAGUCCAAACCCAUUAAAGCUGAUGGCUGCAGCGAACUACACCCUGAAGGUCAACCGGGACCUUCUGGACCCGAACUUUGAGAGUUACCGGCUGUCCCUGGACCCCAUCCCGACCUACACCGUGGACCUGGACGCAGCUGUGGAGGAGCUGCAGCUGAAGGACGCUCAGUACACGCUGGAGCACAUGCGGGCCUUCGGCAUGUACAACUACCUGCAUCUGGACCCGUGGUACCAAGACAGCGUUCUGUUCGUGGACCGCCUGGGACGGGUUCUGAGCCUCACCGCCACCCUGGACACGGCGCUGGGGAAACCCAGAGAGGUCUUCAGCAUCGGUUCCGAGUCCGACCGCAGCGAGAACCGGCUCUGCGCCUCCCUCAGCCUCACCUCGGCCACCUGGGCGGUUCUGUCCGACGGCACCGGCCGACUGGACCUGAUCCGCACCGGCAAGAGAGGAGACGCUCACAUGAAGUGGGAGGUUCUGUUCAGCGAGAACCUGGGAGAACCCUUCACGGUUCUGCACAGCGCCGCACACGUCCAGGCGGGCGUCCACGCCGUGGAGCUGCUGCUGCUGCGCGUCCAGAAGGAGGCGCAGGAGAGCGAGGGCAGCGGCUACUCCGUGACGCUGGAGUGGGUCACCGUGGGCGGCGCCGCCGGAACCGGUACCGAGAAGAAGUUCGAGGUGAGGAAGAGGAGGGUGCUCAGAGGGAAGUCGGUGCCUGAUUACGCCGCCGUGGAGCCGUGUGGGCGGGGCCUGAUGGUGGCCUCAGAGAAGCCCUUCGUCUUCACGCAGGUGGACGGCCGUCCGGUGGAGCAGCCGCCGCCCGCAGAGGUGGAGCCGACAGAUCCGCUCUACUUCUGGCAGCAGACGGCGGAGGACGUCACCGUCUGCGUCCGCCUCCCAGAGGGCGUGGCCAAGGAGGACGUCAGCUUCCGGCUGACGGCGGACACGGUCAGCGUAGGCGUGCGUGGCGUCCCGCCGCUGCUGGAGGGCCAGCUGUACGCCUCCGUGGACCCGGAUGCCAGCGCCUGGGUCAUCCGGAACCACAAGAGCCUGGAGGUGACCCUGCAGAAGCGCCGUGAGGGACCCAUGUGGCCGGAGCUGGUCCUGGGGAACCGCAGAGGAGAGUUUGUGAUGAGCGACCAGCAGGGGGCGCUCCUCCAUGACAGACUGACCCACCUGACCUCUGAGGAGCAGAACGGAAACCCCGACAGGGACAAACCCGCCUGUAACUCCCAGGAGCUGGAGGACUGCGAUGGGUUCCCAGAAGACAGCUUCAGUCUCACGUACUUCGACGGCGAGUCUCUCAGGCCGACUCAAGUGGUGAACCUGGGCGGCCAUCAGUACCUGUUCACCGUCCAGGUGGACCCGUCCUCCAUGCCGUGUCUCUGUCUGCGCCACGAUGUGGACGCUCUGGUCUGGCAGCCCCGACCGGACCGAGCCGCCGACAUGUGGGAGCACAUCGCCACCUUCAACGCUCUGGGUUACGUCCAGGCCUCCAAGCGGGACAAGAAGUUCUCCACCUGCGCUCCAGACUUCUCCUACGCGGCGCUGGGCGAGUGUCUGCGCCGCGCCUUCAUCUACCGCCAGCCGGCGCCGGUGGACACCGUCCUCUUCAACAGGAAGCAGGGCCGGCAGGUGGGACAGGUGGCCAAGCAGCAGGUGGCCAGUCUGGACGCCGACACGCCGGUCCUGGGCUUCAGGGCGUCCAACGAGAGGCUCUUCAUCCUCACCUCCUCCCGUCUGUUUGUUCUGAAGGUCAACAAUAACUAGACACCUUCUCCUCCUGUGGCUCUGUGCACAGCAAGGUGAUUUAUCAUCAGGAACUUGUGUGAAAUCUUUUUUUUUAACGUAAAGUUGCUGCAGAAAUAAAGAAAUCCGCUCACAGCAAAGACGUCA